UACAUUCGCCUUCUUAUGUUUUUAGUAUCUUAAUAUGUUUAAGUACGCAACCUACUUUUUGUACACAUUUUUGGUUUACGACCUUUACGGAGUCCAGGCAGCUGAUCAGUGUACCCAAAAUCCACUAAAACGUCGCGGAGAAGUCUGCCUUGUGGAACUAUCGCCAGUGCUUGAGCACAUUGCAAACAACAAGCAGAGUUUAUCGGCCGAAACUCAGAAAAAACUAAGCAGGAUUGAAGGUCGCGAAGAAGACACAAUUGGAAAACUGAAGGCGGUUCAAAUAACGAUAGAAAGCAAAUUGUUGGCAGUGGAGGCCAAGAUGUCAGUUUCGGGCGAUUUGAAGAGCCUGUCAUCGUCCGUGCAGGAAACGCAAAGAGCUCUACUCGUUUCGCUAGAAAGCAACCGCGUGAAGAAAAAUGGUCAAGUCCCCAAGGGUUUUCAGAAGAUUGGCUCGAGGUACUUUUACAUCGAGCAGAAUAUGGGACUCGAUUGGUUUGGUGCGGCCAGCAAAUGCCAUCAGAUGGGCGCUCACCUGGCGACAAUCCAAAAUCAGCCGGAACUGGAUGCUAUCAGGAAGAAAACCUCCUUCUCGAAUGACUUUUGGUUGGACAUCACCGACCUGGCCAAAUGGGGCGAAUAUAUUUCCAUAGCCAGGGGGGAAAGACCACCUUUUUUUAAAUGGGACAAAAAUAGGCCCGAGGCUAAACUGGACCAGCGUUGCAUUACUUUAUUUAAAGGGAAAAUGAGGGAUGAAAUGUGCAGCAAGACUUUAUUUUUCAUUUGCCAACUGGCGCAAUAAGAAUUAAAAUUAUUAUAAUAAAUAUUAUAACAUUAAAAGCUUUCAUA